AGUUUUAUAUUUCUAUUUGACAAUUAACGUAAAGUAUUCUGGAAAACAUGAAAAGAAAAAAUAUUCAUAAGACAUUUUAUAUUUUCCAGUAUAUUAAAUAACACCAAUUUAUUUUAGACUCAAUUAAGAUCGUGCAACUUACAGAGUUUACUUUUAGAUUGAUAUGAGCGUAUUAUAUUUACGAAAUUCGACGGUAAAAUUUAAUAAAAAAUAUGCUGUAUUGAUUUCACCUUUCCGGAGGAAAGGAGUAAAUUCUUCAGCAUCGAAAGGUUCGAGACAAACACAGGGGACUAAACCACCGCCAAAUAAAGCUCCGCCCCCAGUUCCACCCGGUGUUCCACCGCCACAAACUAAAAAGACAUUUGGCCCUCUAUCAGAUCAAGAUAGAAUUUUUACAAAUCUUCAUGGUCGCCAUGACUGGCGAUUAAAAGGUGCAUUAAAGCAAGGUGAUUGGUAUAAGACGCGAGACAUAUUAUUAAAGGGCUCAGAGUGGAUAAUAAAUGAAAUGAAAGCGUCUGGUUUGAGAGGUCGUGGUGGUGCAGGUUUUUCAACCGGUCUUAAAUGGUCUUUCAUGAGUAAACCACCGGACGGUCGGCCAAAGUUUCUUGUAGUUAACGCGGACGAGGGUGAGCCGGGCACUUGUAAAGAUCGAGAUAUUCUACGGCAUAGCCCUCACAAACUUGUGGAGGGUUGUCUUUUAGCUGGGCGAGCAAUUGGAGCCCGAGCUGCUAUUAUUUAUAUACGAGGUGAAUUCUAUAAUGAGGCAUGUAACACGCAAACAGCCAUUGCUGAGGCAUAUAAUGCCGGUUUUCUGGGUAAAAACGUAUGUGGGUCCGGUUUUGACUUUGACGUGUACAUGCAUCGUGGAGCUGGAGCUUACGUGUGUGGUGAGGAAACAGCUUUGAUUGAGUCGUUGGAAGGAAAGACUGGUAAACCGCGUUUAAAACCUCCAUUCCCUGCUGAUGUGGGUGUAUUUGGUUGUCCUACAACUGUCAACAACGUAGAAACUAUAUCCGUUGCUCCUACUAUUUUACGACGAGGGGCCAAUUGGUUUGCUAGCUUUGGUAGAACUCGCAAUUCUGGUACAAAAAUAUUUGCUAUUUCUGGGCAUGUUAAUAAACCUUGUACCUUCGAAGAAGAGUUAUCAAUGCCGCUUAAGGAGCUCAUUGAACGUCAUGGUGGAGGAGUGCGCGGCGGUUGGGAUAAUUUGUUAGCUAUUAUACCAGGAGGCUCUUCAACCCCAAUCAUACCAAAGAAAGUUGUUGAAACCGUUAUUAUGGAUUUUGAUGGUCUUUUGGCCGCACAAACGUCUCUUGGGACAGCGGCAAUUAUUAUUAUGGAUAAAUCUACAGAUGUUGUCAAGGCUAUAGCACGACUCUCUGCAUUUUAUAAGCAUGAGAGCUGUGGCCAGUGCACUCCUUGUCGGGAAGGUUUGGCUUGGAUAAACAAAAUCAUGCAACGGUUUGUCACUGGCAAAGCUAAAAUAGAGGAAAUUAAUAUGAUUUUGGAAGUGACAAAGCAAAUUGAAGGACACACUAUUUGCGCUUUAGCCGAUGGAGCCGUGUGGCCUGUUCAGGGCCUUAUGCGUCACUUUAGACCAGAAGUCGAAGCUCGAAUAAAACAGUUUGAACAAAAAACAAAAAGGAAGCAUACCGUUGGCAGAUGUGGAUGAAGAUUAUUUUUUAAAUUUUUAAUUUGCCCUAAUUCAUUAUUUAUCAAGGUAAAUUUCAAGAAUGAUCCAAUCAUCUAAAUUUGUAUCUUGACAAUAAGAACUUAAUUUGUAAUAUUCUUAAAAAAUA